AUGGUUCGAUAUCGUCAGAUUUGUGAAAAAUAUGCUGAUAUUCGAGAUUUUGAAUAUGAACAAGAAAUGAAGCAUGAGCCAAAGAAAGAGAAAACGCGGUUACGGGCGGCUUUCGGUGAUGUUAUGGAAAUUGCUGAACAUCUUAAUAUUCCUCCCGAUGAAGCUGCUUAUAUUCUUGGGUCCAACAUCAGGAAGAGAGGUUCUGGUGUAUAA